AUGAGGGGAUGGAAUAUGUCUCGGCUGGUCGGCGGCAGCUCUGCUGGUGCGGGGGCGGCGAGCCGAGGACCGAGCGACCGCGGCCGGAGCGCGCCGGCCACCGCCCGCACCGCCCUUCCGCCCGCCCUCCGGACGGUCGGCCGCAGCCCUGCGGCGGCCGCCGCUGCCGCUGUCGCCGCCGCCGCCGCCACCGCGCCAGGUUCCGGCCGCGGCCACCCUCCGCCGUCCAGGGCUCCUCCGUCCCGGCCCCGGGACCCCAGCUCCCCGCCAGCCCCAGCCCCGGCCCCGGCACCAUGUCGGAGAAGAGCGGAGGCAGCGGCCGAGUUGAGCGCCAAGGACCUGAAGGAGAAGAAAGAGAAGGUGGAGGGGAAGGCCAGCCGAAAAGAGCGAAAGAAAGAAGUGGUGGAGGAGGAGGAGAACGGAGCUGAGGAGGAAGAAGAAGAAACUGCCGAGGACGGAGAGGAGGAGGAUGAAGGGGAAGAAGAAGAUGAGGAAGAAGAAGAUGAGGAAGAAGGGCCCGCGCUGAAGAGAGCUGCUGAAGAGGAGGAUGAAGCGGAUCCCAAGCGGCAGAAAACAGAAAAUGGGGCAUCGGCCUGAGCCCCCUGCCAAUGGGCUGGGGGUGGGAGGCCCCUCCGGGCCUGGAGGUGGGGGUGAGAACAGACGAGUUGCAGCCACUCUUCACCUGGCUCCUGGCUCUGGACCCUGCACCAGAGCUGUCACCCUCUUUGUCCCCAGCCUUUCUCAUGUCCCCUCUCCAGACACCGCCCCUUCUAUCCUCACUCUGCCAUUGUUCCACCUCUUGACCUGCUCCAUCUGAGCUCCCCAGCUGGUCCCCAGUCGCUCCUCUCCCUGUCCUUGCUCUCUCUCUCCCUCCCCCCCCCCCCCCACGACCCCGGUAGCCUCUCCUUCCUCACCACUGCAUCCCAGCCUCAUGUCCGGUCCAUCCCUACCCUGCCUGAUCCCUGGGUCUCCCUCAGAUCCCCUUCUCUCAGACAGCGCCAGGCCGGGGUGGGGCCAGGGUUGGGGCCGAGCCCCACAGCUGCCCCCCUCCCCUCUCCUCCCCUUUUUGUAUAAUUUA